AUGAUGUGGGAGGACAUCAUGGCCCUCGUUGCUAUCCUCGUCGCGGCAUUGGGCGUCUGCCUAAUCUGGUGCAUGGCACCAGCUGCAGAGGUGGAGCAAGGACAUAACGUGCCCCCCAUGGGUCGAAGGAGGGGGAGGUGGCCGGGCUCGCAGCCGCGAAGGCCGGCGCCGGCGGCGCGGGUCGUCGUGGGGAAGCCGCAGCAGCUGGUCUACUUCUCGUACCCCGCAGCGCCCGACGCGGAGGGCGGCGGAGGGACGGCCGCAGGGUCGGUGGUGGUGUGCGCCAUCUGCCUGGAGGCGCUGGUCGGCGGGGCGGAGUGCAGCGAGGUGCCGGCGUGCCGGCACGUGUUCCACCGGGGCUGCCUCGCGCUGUGGAUCAAGAGCAAGAGCACCUGCCCGCUCUGCAGGGAGCUUGUCGUGGCAGGGUCAGAACCCCUCACGGCUGCCGAGGCCAUGGUUUAG